AUGUAUGGCGUCAAAUGGAGGGCGGUGGCACUAAUUCUGUCUUUUAUAGCAAGUAAUCAGCUAGAACUGCUCAAACGGAAACCAUCCGAUCUACGCCGAUACGCGGCAUGGAGCUCCACUAUCAAAGCGCGAUAUGGGAAUAUAGCAAACUUCUUAUGCAAAGAACGCUUGCAUUGGCCCAUAGACAGAGAUCCGCAGACCUUAUGCCAGAAUCCAACACUUUUCGCAGAUCCAAGGGAUUAUAAGAUUCUUCGGAAUGACUGGCCGUACGGCCUCACACCUGAUAUUACACAUAUGUGCGUCUGGGUUAAGAACAGGAUAGAUACUGCUCCUGAAAAUGGAGAUGUAACCGAAGAAUCACGGGCGUUGAUUGACGAUUUCGUCCAUAGAACAUUUACGUCCCAUCUGAGUCGGUUCAGUGAUGCUGCUGAUAGAGUCAUAUGGUUUAAGAAUUGGACCGCCUUGCAGAGUAUAAGAUCUUUAGAGCAUAUCCAUGUGCUUGUGAGGGGUAUUCCUGAUAAAGUUAUUGUGGAGUGGACUGGUGAGGAAGCCAGGGAUCUCUCCCAGCCAGAUGGAGCACUUUAA